AUUAAAAACGAUAUUGUAUUGAGAAAUAUAGCUGCAACUAAUAUUAUAAAACCAAUUUAAAUAACCAUCCACUAUUAAAUUAAUUCAACACUACUAAAUUUUCACAGUUCACCUAAUAUUGGUGAAUUUUAAUAUAUCGUACGUCAUAUCCUUCGCAAAAGGGCGCCUCUUUUAAACGUCAAACAACUUGCACUUGUUUAUUUAAUUUUAUUGACGUGAAUAAGCUUUUUUUUUUAGAUUAUUUUAUUAAUUUUUUUGAAUAAUGGCUCCAUUUUUGCUUACAGUAUCAAAAGAGGGACCCCCAGAGAGCCGCAACAAAAGAAUAAUAUUUACAGAAAACAUUUACAACCCCAUAGUAAAAGUUACGGGAUGGCAAAACGAAAGGGAAGGUCACCCUAAAGAUAACGACCCUUAUCGACCUUUCGAAAGAAAUUUACAUUUGGCUACUUACAACAGAUUAGGGUGUUUUCCAGAUGAACCCUUACAAAGUACAACCCAUGCAAUGUUAGAGGACGCAAUUAAAUAUAAGAACGAUUAUUAUAUUCCAAAUACAAAUAAAUACAUGGUUAAUUAUUACGCGUUUCACGAUACAGGACCUUGUGAGAAGGCUGAAACUCAGGAGACUCCCUGCUCAAUAUGUGUUUGUAAUUAUGAGACAACUAUGCAAGCUAGUUAUGCCCCACCUCGCCCUAUAAUCAUGCAGAGGGUAUCUUUUAAAACAAUUCCAUUUGAACAAUAUAGGAAAGUCAAAUGGGCAACUAACUAUCCACUACAAAGUAAUACUAAAUUUUGGGAUGAUAUACUGUCAGAGCAAAUAUGCAGAACACAAAUUAGAAAUGGUGCUAAAAAUGCUCCUUUGAAAAGGAUUAAUGAACUUUAGAAAUAA